AUGGGCGACGCUUCGUGCCCACCACCACCCGUUGCCGGAGAGGCAGCAAAGCGGAGGGAAUCGUUUUCUACCCUCCUUCCGAUCAGAAUCUUGACUCACAACGUACGCUUCGCGACCGACACGCCCGACGAGAGCGAAAAGCUGUGGCCAGACCGCUUCCCUUACCUCUCGAGCCACUUCAAGUACCACACGCGUCCGCACUUUGCUCCCCAGUCAACGCUGGUUUGCAUGCAAGAGGUGCUUCAUCAACAACUUGUCGACUUGCACAAUCGGACGUUCAACACCUCGACGCCGUCAACAACACAAGGCUCCGGCGCGGACGACGACAACGACUGGACCUACGUCGGAGUCGGGCGUAAUGACGGCAAAACCAAAGGCGAAUACAGCCCCAUCUUCUUCCGCAAAUCGGCCUGGAAAUGCGUCCACUUUGAAACGGUCUGGUUGAACGAGACGGGCGAAGUGGGCAAGAAGGGUUGGGAUGCGGACAGUGUUCGCAUUCUGACGUGCGCGGUGCUGGAAUCGGUGCUUGUCAACAACGCUAGAGACGGCCGCCAACCUUCCACUAUCACGACAUCGUCAACAGCCUCGGCAGCAGGAGGAGAGAGACAAGUGAUGCUGGCCAUGAACACCCACCUCGACAACGAAGGCAAAACAUCCCGCCGUGAAUCCGCCAAACUUAUCCUGCGCGUCGCCUCACGCCUCCGAUCAAAGUACACGCCAACGUUCACGUUCCUCACGGGGGACCUGAACAGCCACCCGGACGGCGACGCCUACCAGAUCCUCAACGCACGGGGGUCCGGGUUCGUGGACACGCGCCGGCUCGUAGGGUCGUCCGACAACAGCAACGGCAAAAUCUAUGCGUACGGCAACGAACUUACCUUCACAGGCUUCCCCUCCGACCCGGCCGCUGAGGGCCGGGAGCGGAUCGACUUCGUGCACCUAGGCAUCCCCCCGGCGACGGCCGAUGAGGAAGGCCCGGGAGAACACGACCAAGUCAGGGAAAUGGUGCAAGGAUACGGCGUGCUACCGAAUCGGUUCGACGACAAGGUGUGGAUGAGCGACCACCGUGGCGUGGUCGUGGAUUUGCUCGUGAGAUUCUAA